AUCUCAUUUUUUUUUCUUAAAAGAAAAAUCUUCAUCGUUUUAUUUACAUCUACUACUCAACAAACACACAACAAAGUCCCCACUUCCCCUUCCUCCCUAUUUCUAAUUCACCUCCCUCCACCUACAUUGGAUUCACAUCUACACCCCCUCUGCAACCUUCUCCAUUUCCAUGGCCAUGUCCAUGGCAAUUUCAAGCUACCCUCUUUCUUCCUCUUUAUCAUCAUCAUCAUCUCUAACCUCAUCCUCUCUUCCACGUUCUCAUUCAACCACCCCCACCUCAACCCCCUCUUUCUCUACUCUCUCACUCUCAACACCAGCUAGUUUACUCAAGAUUUUGCUCUAAAGAUUCAAUCUUUAUGUUGUAAACUUCGUUUUCUUUCUCUAAAUUUGGAUACCCUUUUGCCCAUUUUGCUUGUUUUUCAUCUCUUUAGCUCCCAAAUACUCAAUAGUCCUAUGUAUGCUUGUUGGGUUUUUCAGCAUCCGGAUCAGUUUUUCAGAAGGGUUUUUCUCUGAUCUGAUUGUAGACAGAGCUUUUUUUUGGCUUUAGUCAAUUCAGAGGAUCUUCUAUAUUUGCAGAGGAUCCUGUCUCUUUUGAGGUUUUUGAGAUUGAGGGGAAAAAGGGGGUCAUUUUAGGUGAUGUUUUUCUUUGAUUGCCAAAUCCCUUUUUAAAAUUUGAGAUUUUUUUAAAUAUUUUGUUGUUGUUGUUGUUGUUGUUGUUAGAUUUCAUUUGGAAAGACAUAUAUGUUUAAUCAGGGUUCAUGAUUGUACUGUUAUUUUGAGGAUUUUGGUUAGUCUUAUGUUGUAACUUUAAGCAUCUUUGUGUUUUCCUUAGUAGCUUUUCCUAGGUGUGAGGUAACUGAGGUUUUUGUGAGGGUUAUUUGUUUUUCAUGAUGAUGGUAUGCUAUAAGGUUGUUGCUUUGUGACAAUUGAAUUAAGGGUCUAGAUUGGACUCUAUUACCAUUUUUUUGACAUCAAGUGUAUGUCUAGUGUUGGUAUUAUCUUCAAGAUGACGGUAGAUGAUCGGUGUUUUGUGGAAUGGAAAGAACAAUUUGUUUCACAAGAGCGUGGACAUCGUAUAGUUCACUAUUACUUUAAGGAUUCUGCUGGAGAAUCAUUCCUUGCAGUUAUUGGCACUGAGAGGAGUGUUAGACAUAUGUGCUAUGUUAUUGCUGAGGAGUUUCUGGAAAUUUGUGGAUUGGAAGUUCCACCUGGUUUCAAAUGGAGAUCUAGAAGAGAGGUUGUUGAUUGGCUAACGUCGAUGCUAUCAAAGCAGCAUCUGCAGGAAGAUAGAAAUGCAUGGCCUGCUCAUAAUUUGGCACUAGCUCAUGGGAUCACAAAUGGCAGUGUCAAAAAAGUUAGUGCACAAAUGGUGGAUGACAAGGACAUUCCAACGAGUAACUCCAAAUUAUCCAAUUCAGACAUUGCUUGGUCAGGACUUGCGUGGACAUGUGGCAAACAGCUCAAACAUUAUCCGUCUUUUUGUCGGAAUGGCAUCCAAAUAGGAAUUCAAUCCUUUGUCUUCGUCAUGGGCAAUGGAGAGAACCAUUAUGUUGCUUAUUUAGAGGAUAUGUAUGAAGACAAGAGGGGGCAGAAAAAGGUUAAAGUAAGGUGGUUUCACCACAAUCAGGAAGUCAAGGGUGCAAUUCCCGUACGAAAUCCUCACCCUCGGGAAGUUUUCAUCACAUCUUAUUCUCAAGUCAUCAGUGCAGAGUGUGUUGACGGACCUGCCACAGUCUUAACUCGUCAACAUUAUGAAAAAUGCACGCCUUAUUUUUCUCCCACUUCCAAAGACAGAAUACAUUUGUGCUUUCGGCAAUUAAAAGGCAACAAAGUCAAGCCCUUUGACUUAAGUAAACUGCGCGGCUACUAUACUCAGCCAGCUCUUUCUGCCUUGCAAGUUGAUACUAUCAACAAUACUGAGUCUCAGAGCAACAGCCUCACAGGAGAAGAUGACGAUUUGGAUGUUGGUGAUGAUACAAAGAGCGGAGAUAAGAGGAGUAGAAGUAAUGGUCGACAAGGGGUUAGGAAGUUGAUUAGAAGUAAUCAAAUGAUGGGAUACCAAACUUUUCAGGUUGUAAAUUAUGCUAGGCCAGAUGGGAGAUUGCUUUCUUUGAAACAAGUUGAAUGUAAACCUUCGUAUAACAUGACAUGCAAAGUUGAUGACAAGAUAGAGGUACUCAGUCAAGAUAGUGGCAUCCGAGGCUGUUGGUUUAGGUGUACAGUUCUACAGGUAGCUCGGAAACAGCUGAAAGUUCAAUAUGAUGAUGUUCAAGAUGAAGAUGGAAGUGGAAAUCUUGAGGAGUGGAUCCCUGCUUUUAAGUUGGCCAAGCCUGAUAAACUUGAGAUGAGGCAACCUGGCCGAUCGACCAUCAGGCCAGCUCCACCUAAUGAAGAACAAGAAGUGAUUGUCGAGGUUGGAACCGCCGUUGAUGCAUGGUGGAGUGAUGGCUGGUGGGAGGGCGUUGUAACUACAAUUGACAACUGUGGUGAUGACAGUGUUCAAGUCUACUUUCCUGGUGAAAGCUUGCAAGUGACAGUACAUAAGAAGGAUUUAAGAAUAUCUAGAGAUUGGUUAGGCGGCACUUGGAUUAAUAUAAAGGCAAAGCCUGAUAUAGCUCCAACUAUAUUAACCACUAAUAGCUUUAACACAAACCUCACCAUGUCUCCAUCUAUGGCUAAAGACGCAGACUCAGUUAGUUUUGCAAAUUCAUGCCAUGAAGUUCCUGCUGGUGAGAAGUCUAAUGAACCUGAUAUUGUUGAAGAGAAACUUGUAUGCAAUGGUGUUGCUGAAGAUAAGGUUUUUGUCCAAGAUGAUAAUAACCCUUCAGAAAAAAUUACAGAUAUUGAAGAUAAUGGUAGUAAUAAUGAUAAGGACAACAAUGAGAAUGGUGAUAACAAGAAUGGUAAUGAUGAAACUAGCGACGUUGUGGAGGUGAUUGUGACUUUGGGAGCUGACUGUAAAGGUGUAGAACUAAUGGAUGUGGCUGUGUAAUCAAUUUUUUAGAUGUCGUGCAUAAACAUAUGAUGGCGCUGAACAUAGUCUUAAAUUGCGGACCACAACUGCAAUUGCGGCUACUAUUACGACUGCAUUCACAACAUGACUGCAGACGCUAUUUAAAACCAUGGUGCUGAUUGUAGAGUUUUGCCAUCAUUUCAUGCUUUGUUGUAAUCUGUGUUUUAAUGUUAGUCUGUUAGAAUGUAAUGUAAAUAGUAGUUAUAAGGGAUAUGGUUAAGCUGAUUGAUUUUUAACUUCCUUAGUUGCCUUCAUAGAUGUACAGUGUUGAGUGUAACUUAGGAGUGUGUGAGUUUUUGUCCUUUCAGUUGGUUGUAGUAGAAAGUAGAUUUCUUUUGUAUGAGACAAAUAUUGUUGAGUAAUUUCACAUUUUAUAUGACUA